AGACUCGACUAUUAGGUUUGGUGUGAUAUGAUAGUAAGCAUAGGAAAUAAGAGAGCACCACCAAAGCAAAAAGUAUAGUAGAACCAUUGAUGAGAGAGAGAAGAGGAUAUUACACUCUCUUCUUUAUACACAUACAUAUACACCACUUACUUAUUAUACGAGUCCUUAUUACACAACAACCCCAAAAGUAAGGUCACCUACCUACCCAACUUAUAAUUAAAACUUUUUGGUAAAAUUUUUUUUAAAAAACGAACCUAUGUGCAAUGGGAGUUGAGGAGGAUUAAAAAAUUAUAAUAAUCGUCAUCAUCAUCAUAGUCAAACUAUUGAUCUAUUUCUGCUACUGGAGGAGGAGGGGUAGGAUGCACACGUAGUAUACGCAUAAACUAUUUAACGAGGAUUGAGCAAUUGUGCGUCAGUAAGUUAAACGGUGGAGAAGAUAUAACUAAAGAAUGAAACUACUUGUUUAACUUUACGGGUAGACUGUAUUUUUUUGAGGGAAUCGACAUGUAGUCUGAUAAAGAUUUAUUGAAUUACUUUACGAGGUACUACGUAUUUAGCGAAUUUUUUGGCUGGUAUAAGAUUACCAAUUAGUUAAGUAAAAUAGGGGAGAAGAGAGAUUAAGAGGAAAAGAAAUGUACAAAUAAGAUAGAAAAUAUAACUGUUGUUUGCCCACACCACUUCUUUUACUGACUUACUUAUUACUUACUCUGCUAGCUAUAAAGAGAUUGCAUUUAAAGUUGUAAAAGCAAACCCGUUAAAAGCAGCCACAUUUUGUAUGUACCUUAUUCUCUCACAUACUUGGAUACGAAUACGUAUACCUAAAAGUUGCUUAGUUUUUGGGCUUGUCACGUACGUUAUCACUUAAACGAUAAGAGCUCAACCUUUGGUUUAACACGCCUGGUUUGGUGUAAUGAAAUCGAGUACUUUUAAUCAUCAUAUACGAGACAGACGAAAUCUACAUUUCCAGCAUAUUUGAUCAAUCAGUUAUCACUUUUGGUUCAGAAUAAGAGUCGUGAUUAAAAAACUUUGCUACGUAUGUACCAACACAUUUGCAUUUGUUGAACAUGAUUUACACUAAAUAAUAAGAAGAAGAAAGUGAUGAAAUGACGUUGUAAAGUGUGUGUGGUGUGCAUACCCAAAAAUCGUACAGUAAUGGUGUUCACUAAUACAUAAUUAAUUUAAUGGGACAAAGUGCUGAAACAUUGUUUAAACUCUUGGAAUAAGAGUUGACCACGUAAAAACUUCCAAACUGGAAAUGCCCGACGGAGUUAGAAAUAACGGAAUUGAUAACUCAAUCUCAGUCAAGAACUUUCUCUCUGGUGGUGACGAUGAAGAGGAAGAAGGCAAUAUACCCAGGAUUAUUACUAGCAUGGAUACAAAUGGUGGUGUGAUGACGCCGAUAUCGGGAGAAAAUGAUGUCGGGAAGAUUAAGGGUAGGAAUAAUAAGUUGCCCUUAACUGCACCAAAUAGUCUCAACUUGUUUGAUCUCAUAAAAACUGGAGCAAUGGUUGGCGAGAAGAACGGGAAUUCCAGUCCGAAACUGCGACUUUCUUCCGGUCCUCGCGACUCUGACUACGUGAUUUUAGUACUUAAUCAAAAGCAACGGGAGGAUGACGAGGUGAACAUGCUGAUCGACAGAUUAAGAGAGAAUGGUGUCACGUGCUUAUUUAUGAAGAAUAAUGGGACCAAUAAUAACACCACGACGGCCAAAUCUCCUACACCUUCAUCCCUCCUGAUGCCCCCGCUUGACGAAGUGCCGGAAGUAGUUACCACCACCACGACGAGCAGCAGUAGUCCUACCAAAUCUCCAUUAUUCCUCUCUUCUCCGGAUAGAAAGUCUCCAGAAAAAGUACAAAAUGGAAAGAGUUCUUGCGGUUGUCUGUGCAAGUGCAAUGGUGGCGGCGUUUGUGUGAGUAGAACUUGUCUACAAAUUAGCAGUAGUGGUGGCAGUGCAAUUAGUGAUAAGAAGGGAAAUCUUGGUGUUCCUCCAAAGGUUUCCACGAAUUCGAGUUCAAAUCAUUCACAAACUCUGAAAGAGACAAUUUCCGUUCCUCCAUUAAUUCUCCGCCUACCAAUCCCCGUCCUCAAUAUUACGCCCAAAGAUUCUCAACCCGUAUCAGAAAAAUCAGUGGCGGAGAAAGUCAAGGAGGAGGAGGAGGUAAAGACGCUGGACGAUGUCGAGGAGAAAGUUUUGCCUCCUCCGGAAGAAGUCGAUCCUCCGACUUUGUCGUCGAAUAAGAGAAAGCGGAAACGAAGAAGGAAAUAUCCAUAUGUGGUUCGAAAGCCUGUUAAAAAGCGAAGGGUCGCGUAUGAUGAGCUUAAUGUUGAGAGUAGUAGUGCUCCAAUUACGAGUGAACUUGAUACUACCGAAAUAGGAGGACUUUCUCCAGAACUUUCUCCAGCAGCAGAAGCAGAAGUCACUCUUAUUACUCCCCCCAUCGUUGCUUUCACAUCUUCACCACCAACUACUCAAAAACCAAAACGUGUUCAAAAUAUAAUCAAACCUAAAGCGAAACUUGGUCGGCCCCCGAAAUCGAAAUCGAAACCAAAACCUCGGCCUAAACAUGUAAAGCUCACACCGGGACGAAAAUCAAAAUCUAAACUGAACGGACUUUCACCCUCUUCUUCUCUUCCAGUCAUUCAAUCACAACCACUCCUACUUUCAUCCUCUUCUUCCUCGGACGAUCCAUACGUAUUUAUUCCCGACGAGUUUGACGAUUUUGAACCCGUUCCGAAACUAUUUUCGCCAAAAAGUGGGCGAAAAAAUGGUCUCUGUUCGCCCAACAAUGGCUUCGUCUCCGUGCCGUCCAGCUCGCCUACGAUACUUUCAGUCCCACUUUCUUCAUUGUCUCCAACUCGUCUCAAUCAACCACUCAUUAGUCCCUCUGCUCCUCCCACCAUUCCCCCAAAAAAGGAAAAAGAGCCCCCAAAAAUUGAGGUACCAAUCGCAUCUCCUCCUCCACCUCCCACCAUUCCCGUAAAAAAGGAAAAAGAACCCCCAAAAAUCGAGGCACCAAUCGCCUCACCUCCACCUCCUCCUAAGGAAGAAAGCAGUAACCCCACCACCACCACGACCUCCUUGUCCUCCGAACUUAAAAAGAAGACCAAGCGAAAGAGAAAGAACGAGGUGUGUCAACUUUUACAGUGGGCAAUUAUUUCCCCGAGACCUUCCACCCCAAGAUCUACUCUGAUCACUGCUUUCCUUCCCAAGGAGUCGGCAACCAAGGAUGCCACUAAAGACCAGUCAUCACCAUCAGCAUCAUUAACCAGCCCCUCAACUAUUCCCCUCCCACCACCACCACCACCACCACCACCAAUUUCUGAUAUUACUCCGCCGUCAAACGAGGAGAAGAAAAAAGGCGACAAGGAAACGUUUGUGCAAUCAAGCACGAGUAUUGCUCAUGCAGCAGAGGACAGAGCCACGCAGCACAGAGACGACGACACCACUCCGCUCGCUCAAUUACUGGAAAAAGAUAAAUUAAAAGAGGUUGUCCAAGAAGAAAUUAAGGAGGAUAAGGCAGUUGUUGAUCUCGAUAAGGACGGUGUGGUGCUUAUCAAUAACGACAGCAUGCCACUCCCCUUCGUUCGAGUCCCCUGGGGAGGAAGGAGGGGUAAGGGGAAGGUGGUAAAGCGGAAGAGGAAGAAGCGAUCUGAGCUGCAUUACAAAAAGUCGAAAAAGUCAAAAAUUUCUAAUUCCAAUAAAUCCUGUGUUCAACAUAAAGAGAUCUCAAAUUUACUACGAGAAAAAGAGGAGGUGAAAGCGGGUGAAAGUGGGAAUGUGAAUGAAAAAGGCCGAGUUCUUUCGCCGAAAAAAUUGGGCAAGCCCUUAUCAACUAUGGAUAAGGACCACACCCCGAACUUGAGGGAGGACGCUGAGAAGAUUAUAAAACUCGAGGAUGUGGUUGAUAACGACGCAGGAGUGAUUACGAAAUGUGAGUCAAGCAUAAAAGGUGAAAGCAGUGAGUCUGCCCCUCCUUCAACCGAGCUUCUUCCUACCGAGCUUCCUACCCCCAUUCAGAAAAUGUUACCCCCACCGACGAAAGUAGCAGUGGACGAGGUAUGGAAGGUUCCCGCAGACCCCGUCCCGUCCACUUCUGGUGCUUCUACUACAGACUCCCCCCAAGUUCCCAACAACUUUCUCGACGCCAUGCAACUCCGUCGCCCUUCGUUCUACUCUCUGAUCGCGGGAAAUGUUCGGAACAAUAUGGAAAACUUUUUGGAUGGGCGACCUGCCUCCUCAACUUCCGGAGAAGGAGGGAACAGUGGGGCAAAAACGAAGCGGAAACGGAGACCCCGUCCCCGCAACGGGUUCCUCCUUCAUCACGGCGACAACUUUCCUGAGGAUCCCGAAGCUCCGUACAAACUCCACUUGGCGACACAAAUCAUUCUCAAGCUGAACAGGCGCCGGUCUAAAUUUAAGCCGAAGGAGGACAAGGGAAAAUCCCUCCUCUCCUAUCUGAAGUUGGUGCCUAAGAGGGUUAGUCGGACGUCGAAAGCAUCCGCCCCCGUCGCCAUACCGGAAGACUCCAUCACGGAAAACGUUCCGACCGAGGAGGAAAUGAAUGCUAGGAUCACAUCAGUUUUUUCGGGCGAGUGGGUGCAACCGAGGAACUACGUCUGUAAUAUUUGUGGCCAUGUGGAGAAGGACUUUUGGGAUAUGGUUCACCACAAGGGGGAAAUUCAUCCAGGGAUUGUCGUGACGCAUGUCGAGUUACCAGACAUGCCACCAGAAGGGUUUCGCGUUCCUCCACCCAUCCCAUCAAGCGCGAGCGUCCCAACAACACCACCACCGUGUACAAAAUGCUCUGCAACUUUUAGCACUUAUCCUGAUCUCCACCUCCACAUUUUCGAAUGUGCUGGCAACACCACGUGGUUGAACGAACUUAAAGAAGAGACUCAGCCCCAGAGGAAGAAGAAGUCGAAACGGAAGCGUGGUUUCAACCGAUUUAAACGGCGUCUCUCCAACACGCCGAGAAAGUGUAAUCCGCGAUUGAAGACGGAAUCAUCCCCCCACAAACGUCGAACCGUGGACGUGUUCAAGUGCGAAUUUUGCACUCGAGAAUUCAAGACUGAGGGCUGGCUUAAGAAUCACCUAACAACUCACUCCUUACCAAUUUCGAUCCCGUUGGAUAAGUUGAAACAGUCACUGCCACAACGUGCCUCCUCCACCAUCGGACGUCGAAGCGUAGUUCAAAACCUACUGGCUAACGGAAAUUUCAAAAAUGUAAAAGAUUAACCAAUUCUCGAUUUGUUAACUGGGCCCAUUUCUUACUAAAAAGUAAACAUGUUUAGUAUCUGCGUAUUUCGAAAAACUUAUAACAAGUUCCGUCCGUCCCGUUAAAUAUUAAAAACUUCGAGUGUAUGGACGUUACAAAAUUUUUAAAAAAUAUUGAAAAUUACCUCAAACAAAAAUAUGUACGUAACUUGGUUUCUUUCCGAGCUGUUCAUUGUUCUUUAUAAAAGUAUGUAAACUUUAUGAUUAUUAAAGGCAGCUCAGUUAUUUAUUGCUAAAAAUAUUGUGGUGUUAGAGUGGAUCAGAUUAAUUAGUAAUCACUGUCGUUGUUGCCACUAUUUUCUAAAUUGUUACAUAAUAACUUGUGUAAAUUUUAAUACGUAUAAAAAAAUGGAAACUGUGUGAUUUCGUAUUACGGGAAGGAUAAAAGCAUAAAAAUAUGUGUGUAGCCUGUUCAUUUUGCUAUGAUUCGAGUCAACUAAUUUAUAGAAUGUACUUUUAGUAACCGUGUAGUAUUGAGAAAUGUAGUGUGCAUUUUUUUAUUUUCUACCUAUCCAAUACGUAAAUAUAUGUAUUAUAUGUGUUGCGAUUUAUAAAGAUGUCAAGAGAAAAAUGUUCGAGAGAAAUAAAUCGGCCAAGAAAAUAUCUAAAAUCUA